UGUACACAGGAUAUCUCUAGCAUGACAGGCACAGGGAUUCCACCUGCUUUUUGACAAUGAAGGAGACAGACCGUGAGGCUGUUGCGACAGCAGUCCAAAGGGUUGCUGGAAUGCUUCAACGCCCAGACCAGCUGGACAAAGUGGAGCAGUAUCGCAGAAGAGAGGCUCGGAAGAAGGCCUCUGUGGAGGCUAGAUUAAAGGCUGCAAUACAGUCACAGUUGGACGGCGUGCGCACCGGCCUCAGCCAGCUCCACAAUGCGCUGAAUGAUGUCGGGGACAUCCAGCAGUCACUUGCUGAUGUCAGCAAGGACUGGAGGCAGAGCAUCAAUACCAUCGAGAGCCUCAGGGAUGUGAAGGACGCUGUGGUGCAGCACAGCCAGCUCGCUGCUGCUGUGGAGAAUCUCAAGAACAUCUUCUCAGUGCCUGAGAUUGUAAGGGAGACCCAGGACCUGAUUGAGCAAGGGGCGCUUCUGCAAGCCCACCGCAAGCUGAUGGACUUGGAGUGCUCCCGGGAUGGGCUGAUGUAUGAACAAUACCGCAUGGACAGUGGGAACACACGCGACAUGGCCCUUAUCCACAGCUACUUUGGCAGUACGCAGGGGCUCUCCGAUGAGCUGGCCAAGCAGCUGUGGAUGGUGCUGCAGAGGUCGCUGGUCACUGUACGCCGUGACCCCACCUUACUGGUCUCAGUUGUCAGGAUCAUUGAAAGAGAAGAAAAAAUUGACAGGCGUAUCCUUGACAGAAAAAAGCAAACUGGUUUUGUUCCUCCUGGAAGGCCCAAAAAUUGGAAAGAGAAAAUGUUUGCCAUCUUGGAGAGAACUGUGACUACCAGAAUUGAAGGCACACAGGCAGAUACCAGGGAAUCGGAUAAGAUGUGGCUUGUCCGCCACCUGGAGAUCGUCAGGAAGUACGUGCUGGAUGACCUCAUUGUUGCCAAAAACCUGAUGGUUCAGUGUUUUCCUCCCCAUUAUGAGAUCUUUAAAAACCUCCUGAAUAUGUACCACCGAGCCUUGAGCACACGGAUGCAGGAGCUCGCGGCAGAGGACCUAGAAGCCAACGAGAUAGUGAGCCUGCUGACCUGGGUCCUAAACACCCACAGGAGUGCAGAGAUGAUGGGGAAUGUGGAAUUGGCCCCAGAAGUGGACGUCAGCACUCUUGAGCCUUUGCUCUCUCCACAUGUAGUCUCUGAGCUGCUCGACACAUACAUGUCCACACUCACUUCCAACAUCAUUGCCUGGCUGCGGAAAGCACUAGAAACAGAUAAGAAAGACUGGGUCAAAGAGACGGAGCCUGAGGCUGACCAGGAUGGGUACUACCAGACCACCCUGCCCGCCAUUGUCUUCCAGAUGUUUGAACAGAAUCUUCAAGUUGCUGCUCAGAUAAGUGAAGAUUUGAAAACAAAGGUACUAGUUUUGUGUCUUCAGCAAAUGAAUUCUUUCCUAAGUAGGUACAAAGAGGAGGCGCAGCUGUUCAAGGAGGAGCACUUGAGGAACCGGCAGCAUCCACACUGCUAUGUGCAGUACAUGAUUGCUGUCAUCAACAACUGCCAGACCUUCAAAGAAUCCAUAGUCAGUUUAAAAAGAAAGUAUUUAAAAAAUGAAGUGGAGGAGGGCAUGUCCCCAAGCCAGCCGAGCAUGGAUGGGAUCCUGGAUGCCAUUGCACAGGAGGGCUGCAGCGGCUUGCUCGAGGAGGUCUUCCUGGACCUGGAGCAACAUCUGAAUGAGCUGAUGACAAAGAAGUGGCUGCUAGGGUCAAACGCUGUAGACAUCAUCUGUGUCACUGUGGAAGACUAUUUCAAUGAUUUUGCCAAAAUUAAAAAGCCAUAUAAAAAGAGGAUGACGGCCGAGGCACAUCGGCGCGUGGUGGUAGAGUACCUGCGGGCAGUCCUACAGAAGCGCAUCUCCUUCCGGAGCCCUGAUGAGCGCAAAGAGGGUGCUGAGAAGAUGGUUCGGGAGGCAGAGCAACUACGCUUCCUGUUCCGAAAACUGGCAUCUGGCUGUGGUGAAGAUGCAGAUGGCCACUGUGACACCAUUGUGGCCGUCGCAGAAGUGAUCAAGCUGACAGACCCUUCUCUACUCUACCUGGAAGUCUCAACACUGGUCAGCAAAUACCCAGACAUCAGGGACGAGCACAUUGGAGCACUGCUAGCCGUGCGUGGGGAUGCCAGUCGUGACAUGAAACAGACCAUCAUCGAGAGCCUGGAGCAGGGGCCCACACAGGCGAGUCCCAGCUACGUGCCACUCUUCAGAGACAUUGCUGUGCCCAGUCUGAAUGUGGCCAAGCUUCUCAAGUAGGCAUCUGCCUAGCCCUGCAGGAAUCACUCUCUAGGGUCCACACACAAAGGUCCUAGUGCCAUAGCCUGUCCCUCUGGCUCCAAAACUUGACAUACGAGGGGCAUAUGGAAUGACAUCUGCAGCUGUGUUCCUGUUUCUGUUGUAUAUGUCCUUUGUGAGCAGCUUCUGCUGUAAAGUCCCCCAUGGUUGAUGUGGAGGGCAGAGAAAACGUGCAGUCUUCCUGGCCUCAGGCACACUCCAGUCUGGUGUAGAUGCCCUACCGCUGAUUAAAGAUUUUGACCUUCCUCA